CUGCAGCUGUGGUGCUGCGCAUGCGCGAUGGACAGACCCGCCUCCCAUAGUGACGUCACCGCGGCGCGACUCAGGCGUGUUUUCACGGAGGAGAGCAGAACCGAAAGGAAGAGAACAUGUUAAACACACUUUUGAGGGGACAUAAGGAAUUUACAACCGUGCCAAUGUGGGAGUGAGAUGAAACAGUCCUGAAAGACUCAAACUUUCCUCCGUUGGAGCUGUGUGAUCGUGAUGGAGAAGUGUCUGUGGUGCACCACGUCCCUGGAGGUGGAGGGAGACGUGGCGAUCGUCACCAUGUUGCGUCGCUACAGCUCCGGACAGCUGUCUGAGCGAGAGAUGGACUCUCUGAAUGAAGACCUCAGCUGCUGUCUGGAGUGUGUGGUGGAGUAUCAUCGAGCCAGAGACAAGGUCCCUGAUCUGCACAAGCGUUUGUGGGAAAUGGAGAAGGCUCGACUCAUGCAUUUGUUGGGAACCGUUCUAGACAAGGAGCUGGAGGAGGAUGAUAUCUUUAUUAUCGAAGAUGACCACGAGGAGCCGGUGUCGAAGAUCUCUCCUGCAGAAUUGCACGACCGCCUCCGUUUCCCGCUGUUUGAAGUUCUGAAGUACCCGUACCUGCUUUGCCACCGUGAUCUGUGUGAUUUGGUGGUAAAAGCCUUGUGUAAGCUGCAGGAUAUGAAGCAGUCUUUGACUGUGUUUGAGAAGUAUCAAGGAACAUAUCUGCUUCUCGUUCAUCCCAACGAACAGGUGCGCCGUUGGGCAAUCGAUACAGCAAAGACCAUGAAGAGUGUGGAUCGGGAUGCCUACUAUGACCUUCAGGAGAUUUUCUUUUGCAUGUUUUAUGUCAUUGAGCUUGGAAUAUCUUUGGACUUUCCAGAUUUGGAGCCAGAGUCUUAUGCAGGGGGCACUGUACAAAUGCUGCCCUCUCACCUCUAUGAUUCACAAAAUAAGAAGAACUACUGGCUAGGUAUCUGUAUGUUACUAACACAGCUCAGCGCUGAUGCAAUGGACUCCCUGUUCAUGGGACAGUUUAACAUCCCACUUUGCAUACUCAACACAAUGGAGGGGUUGAAAAAUGAGAACAAUCCAGCUUCUGACCCAUUCUGGCCAGCCCUUCACUGUUUUAUGGUAAUUCUGGACCGACUUGGUUCUAAGAUCUGGGGUCAGGUUGACCCUAAUAUGGCUUUCCAGACAAUCACUGGAGCAGCCAGCUAUGUUGCGGAAAUAAGGAACAUACAGAAAAAAACCAUGCGGGGCAUGGUUAAAGUGGAGCCUGAAUAUGAUGACAAUAUGGUGACUUGCAGUCAGAUGGUGUAUGACUGUUAUGCCUCCGAAAAACCAAACCAAGCAUCUGGUUCGUUGUCCAACAGUGGUAUUUCCAGCAACUAUAUGAUCUAUGAGGAUAUGCAGUCUCUUGUCACCGUGCUUGAUUCUGAAAUGGGCCAGAGCAUGCGUGUAUACGGAAGCACUUUUCUAUGGUUCAUUCCAUUUGUCCGUUCCAUAAUGGAACUUCCAGAGCUCAACGCUUCCUAUAUUAGUGAAGUCAUCCACUAUCUUUGUGAUAAGAUACGAGAAAAUCGACACAUGCUAACCGGACAGACAAGCGUGUGCGAUAAAGUGACCGAGUUCUUCACUCGUAUUCUUAUUCAAAUUGUUGAGCUACAUUCUGCUGAAGGGCGAAUGGGAAUACUUUCUCGCUGUGCCCAAAAGUGGGUGCAAGAGAUUGUCUUAUGCAUUAUCCUAUCGGAUGAACCACAUGCACCACCAGACAGGAUGGGUGGGUUUCACGGAGUCAGUUCAACCUCAUACAACCUUGGGAUGGUCGGAAGACAGCCUGCAUCUGGAGGUGGCAUUGGUGCCAUAAUUCCUGGCUGCAUGAAACUGAUUCGACUACUGCUGAAAGAAGGGAUAAGGAGAUCUGUCCCAGGCUCAACCCUCUUUUUUAAUCGGCUUAUGCAAUUGCGUGGAGUUGCAAACAAACGAUGGAAUCUAACGCGUUCUGAAUCUGAUGAGCUUCAAAAGUGUUUGUUGAGAGUUGUCCGGUUAAUGCCAGAAAGACCUGAUUCUCCACUCUCUGUUGUUCCAUCCUCAUGUGCACCAUCAGUGGAGGCAGCUACAAACACUGUUAUUUCCAGAAAUUCAGUACCAACCCUGCAUCAGCAACAACAUGAGGACCAGGAGGCAGGACCAAGCAGAGCAGGAGAUGCAGCUGCUUUUAUCAAAGAGGAGCCACUUUGGAAUUAUGGAAAUAAUAUCUCUGAGGAUCUAUGCAGCGGUCUUGAAAAAAUUGCAAAGGUUAAGAAAGAACCCCCUGACCCAGUGUCAGUUUCAAAGCUGAGAACACCUGUUCAGUUGGAACGUAUUAAACCAGAUCUGGGUAAAGUGCAGGAAAUUAGAUCCAGAUUAAACGACAACCAAAAUUUGUCAAAGAUCAAAGCCAUUGCCAAACAAAAACCUGAUGAGUCCUUAAAACCUUUUCCCUUGACAUCAGUUAAAGUGGAAGGUGGUUUUGGAGCUGCUGAGGAGGAGGAUGAUGACGAUGAACCCCUUGAUGUCAGACGAACCAGUUUGAUAAAAUCUGUCAACCACAAAGUUGAAUCUAGCGAUUCCGAAAUUGACAGUAGUGCUGUUGGAAAAACUCCUAACAGGUCCAUGGGCAGCUCAAAGCCACAUGUGGAGUCCAGUACCAUUGUCAUCUCUGAUUCUGAUUCUGAUAAUGAUGAAGGGCCAAAUGAUGUCCUAAGGUCUCCAGAAGAUCAUGUCUUGCCUGAGAGCCCGGGUCGUGAUUAUGAUGAUCUCAGUGAAUCACAGGUCUUUGAGUUUGAGACGCAGCAAUAUGUGCCAUCUUCUUGGGAUACUUCAGAUUUUGAUGCAUCAGUCUUGUCGAAACCAAAAUCAGACCAACUACUCAAACCACAGGUGGAUAAAGCUCCCUGUGAAGCGUCUCCAAGUUCAGAGACUGAACUAAAUCCAGAUGAGGACAUUGAGAGGACCUGUCAGCAAGCAGAAGAUAAGAUCAUAGAACAGCAGCAGCAGCCGCAAGAGCCGGCGGAUUCAAGUGCAUCGUCACUGUCCAAAGCAUCCAGUACUGCAGAGAGCUGGGAUAAAUUUGGCAAACCAAAACCUCUGGAUCAGAUCAAAGAACCGCAGCAGCCACAAGAGCCAGCGGAUUCCUGUGCACCGUCACUGUCCAAAGCAUCCAGUACUGCAGAAAGCUGGGAUAAAUUUGGCAAACCAAAACCUUUGCUGGUUAAAAGUGCAAAAACAACUCCAUCUGAUAAGAAAAAGCCACUGAUAAUUGAUGCCCUUGCUCUUAAAAUCAGGGGCCACCCUUGGAAACGCAACUCCACAUCUCAGGACGAAGAGGAACCUUCCUCUUCAACCACCCCGUCAUGUGGUACAUCUUCCUCUCCAUCAUCCAGCUGUGUUUCUUCACCUUAUUUUCCUGCCCCCAGUUCACGUGGCACCCCUGCCAUUGUUCCUCCAAAGAAAGUGCGCAAAGUUGUUGAGCCAGAAUCAACAGCAGAGCGUUUGGGAUUAAAAAAGAAGGAAAGGAAAGCCUUUGAACUUUCUCAGCGUUCGCUGGAUUGUGUUGCUAAACUGAGGUGCCAUGGUCAGAAAGUGCAGGUAGAACCACAACAGAAAAUAAGGCGAGUGCGUCGAGUCACUAAGACAACUUCACAGAAACGUAUUGUAAAAGGCAACAAGAAACUUAUGGGUUCACAAGAUAUUCAGUUUUUCAAGCAAAUUCGUGAGAAGCAUCAGAGGCCAACAACAUUAGCUUCCAAACCAGCAAAGAUCAAUCAGCCAGCUGAAGUGCACUUGCCAGAACAUACAGUUGCAAGCAGUGAAGCUGGUGAUUUCUUUCCCUAUCCUCAGCUGGAUCCUGAUAACGAAAAUGCAGAAUCCGAAAUCCGUUCUAAAGGUGAUGGGGUUGGAAGUGAUAAGAGAAUAGAAUCCAAGUACUUCCAAGCCAGUGAGACUGCUGAUGUAAACCAGGAAGAAAAACCUUCUCUGACAUCGGAGGAUGAUAUGGAUGAAGAAUGGAUGGUCCUCACUCAGACGGGACCCACUGAUAUGGAACUGUGCUCCCAAAUGGAGCCAUUGGAGGAAGAUGAACUCUUUCUUACCCAGAGAGAUCCAGUUGACAUGGACAUUGAUCCAGAUAGUGAACCGGAUACCCCAGAGCAACCAGUGUUGACACCUAAAACCUAUACAACUCCUAUUGGUGGAAAUGAUGAUCAUUUGUUCUUGAAGCCUAGCAUGUCACCGAUGUCUCAGAAAAAGGCCAAACCUUCUACCACAAAAAUAUACACCCCCAGCUCCCGCAGUGCCUCACUUGUCCAUGAAAUGGAAAAAGUAGCUAAGCCUCUUGUUGCUAAUGUUGCAAAAGCGAAGAUUCCCCGACUGCCCCCAGCAAUGCCACCUCCAAAAACAUUUCAACCUCUCCAGCCUCCACAACUCCCAAAGCCACUUCCUUCACAACAAUCUCCUUAUGCUCCUUUGUUGGUCCCGAGUACUAAAAUAAGCUCUACAGAUCCACCAUCUUACAAGGUAUACCAAAGACCUGAGGCUCCAGUUAACAAACCAGUUCCUGCAACGGAUCAGAGCCCGAAGUUUGACCUUUUGUUCUUGACCCAAGCAAUCCUUAAAUGGGAUUAUAGGAUGCUUGACAACUACAAAGCAUUUGGGAGUCCAAAUGAUCUAUGCCAACUACCGCUGAAGAAGGUGCCAGUUAUGUUUCCCAGCUACAUGGAGUACUUCAACACCUUGUAUCCCCUGCUACAAAUUAAUGCAUUUGAAGAGAUUGCUAGUGAAUGGCUCAAAGAGGGCCGAGUCAAGUGUCACCUAAGUGUCCAGGGUAUAGAAUACAGCAAUCGCACAGCUAGUGCCAACUUCACGGCAAGCAUUUCUCAGGAAAUCGAUACGAAACAACUAUACCCAAAAGAAAGUGACCUUGUGAUACUUUGGUUGCCGGACAACACUGGAGCAUAUGCCCAUAAUGAACCUCAUUUCCAUGAACCACAUCCUCAUUUCGGUUAUGUGUCCCGGUCCAGUGUUUCUAACAGAGGUCCAGGUUCCAAGUUAACCCUAAACUUGACGAUUCAAACUCGUGGUAAUGUAUCUUCGGUGAAUUCCCAACCUGUACUCUGUGAAGUUAUUGGGUCAUUGAUCAGCACUUUCCGGGAGUUCAAUGCACUGUGUUCGCUACGAAAUGGACCAAUGUUGCGACCUCUUCUUAAUCCACAUGCAUCUUAUUUCACACACACUCUGGACAGCCCAUCGGACCUGGAUUCACCAGAGUUCAACAGGGACCAGGCGAGAGCAAUAGCUUGUGGUCUUGCCAUGAUAAAGAGAACGCAUAAGACCCCAAGAUUUCUCCUUAUUCAUGGUCCUCCAGGAACCGGGAAGAGUAAAACCAUUGGUGGCCUGUUGUACAAACUUCUGUCUUCGGGUAUUAACAGUGCUGCUCCUGUGGGGAACCUUCACUCAAAGUCUCGAAGGACCCGUGUUCUUCUCUGUGCACCCUCAAACGCUGCCAUCGACAGUCUGAUGAAGAAAGUCAUUUUGAUCUUUAAAGAUAAAUGCCGAAACAUCAAUGCUCCUCAAGGUAACUGCGGUGACAUAAACCUGGUACGAUUGGGAAAUGAAAGGACCAUGUCCAAGGCACUAAAACCUUUCAGCCUCGACUACCAGACUAAAGCUAGAGCACAGCGAGCCCAGCAAACUGUAGAAGCUGACAUAAACAGGCGGAAAGAGCAACUAGACCAAAACAUUGACAAUCUCUCCAAGCGAUGUGCAAAGACGAAGAAGGAUUCUUCUGAAUUCAAGACGUUGAUGGAGCAGAAGUUGCAGUUUCUGAAGGAGAGAGAAGGACUGAGUCGGCGGAUUAAAGAGUGUUGGAUUAAGCGACAGGAAAGUCAAGCUUUUGUGUUGCAAAAUGCUCAUGUGAUCUGCUGCACGCUCAGCACCAGUGGAAGUACUGUCCUCGAGAGCACUUUCCGUCGUCUCGGAAAUGAAAUGUUUAGCUGUGUCAUCAUCGAUGAGGCUAGUCAGGCUAAAGAAACUGAGACUCUGAUUCCAAUGAUGUACCGAAGUCCUUCUGUAAUCCUUGUUGGUGAUCCCAACCAGCUUCCACCAACGGUUGUCUCCCAGAAAGCUAAGGAAUUUGGCUACGACCAAUCUCUUAUGGCAAGGUUAUGCAGAAGUCUUUGUCAGUCAAACCCGCAACCCUCUCCCAUCCUCCUGCUCAGCGUACAGUACCGCAUGCACCCAGAAAUCUGUGAAUUCCCCUCAAAGUACAUCUACAACAGCGCUCUCAAGGAUGACUGUGAGACGGCUCAGAAGCGCUGUUCCCCCAGCUGGCCCUUCAAGCCCUACAAAGUGUUCGACGUUACUGAUGGGAUGGAAAAGAAGGAGAGAGGUUCCUUUUCAAACAGUAAAGAGGUCAAGUUGGUCUUGCUGCUGUUGAAGCUGCUGGUCAAGAAGCAGUCCGAUCGAGUGGGUGUCAUCACACCCUACAACGCCCAGAAGCAAUGCAUACUGGAAGCCAUCAGGAGUUCAGGCCUCGACAAACAACUUCAGGUUGAUGUGGAUACUGUAGAUGGCUUUCAGGGCAAAGAAAAGGACUGCAUAAUUGUGUCUUGCGUGAGAGCCAGCAGUGAAACUGGUUCCAUUGGGUUUGUGGGAAAUCGUCAGAGAAUGAACGUAACCAUUACAAGAGCCAAAUUAAGUCUCUUCAUACUGGGACAUCUACGCACACUCAGGGAACAAAGUGAUUGGGGAGCUUUGAUUGAGGAUGCUAGGAGGCGUAAAUCUAUAAUCAAAACCAUGCAAAACGAUUAUGAAAGUGACGUAAGGCAGAUUCUUAAAUCCGAACGAGAGCCGCCGACUCGCAGUCUCUCUUUUCCCCCAAUCAGCAGCACUGUGACCACACCUGUUAUACAUGCACCUGUGGAAACAGGCCCCGCCCCUAUGCCCGUCCCCCAGCGCGACAUGAGCAACAUGCCGCGGCUAAUACCUCUAGAAUGCCCAAAUAACCCACGGAUCAAUGAAAGGCCCAGAGACCCACGGUUUGCAGAGCCACGGCCAAUCAGAGAACAGAUACCAGACAGAGAUGGGCGGGGCUUCCCCGGGUCACGCCGCUCAACAAACAGAGCUAAUUCAUGUGAAGCUGACUCUAGACGUACUGGCCAUUGUUCCAGAUAUUCUUCAAAACACAGCGGUUCUUCACCUUCAAAACGACACAGGAGAUAAAUAAAUUAUCCCUGCUUUUAUUUGUGUAAGAGAUUUUUCUUCCUCAUGUCUUCAUGUUUUGAGUACCCACUGUGCACAAGGGUUUUUGUUAAACUCUUCUUUCUCGGGCAAUGGUUUAACAACUUGCUUGACGAACUCGUUUGAUGGCAGUGCUUACCUAAUCUUGGACUCUUUCUCACCAUCUUUUGCUUCUAAAUGAAUAUUACACCUCUAUUUUAUGCAUGAAGAGGGAUGUUUGGUUGGUUUUGGAUUUAUUUUUUUUGACCUUGUGCUUGUUUCAAGAAAAUAUAUAACUUUUUCUGUUUGAGUCUGUAUAGUUUGUCGCUUUAUUUAAAUGUAACUAUGAUUUAAAGUUUUUGCAGAUAUGGAUUUGGUGUGUAAAUGUGUUGUACAUGAAUGCAGUGCCGUUUGUGUUUCAUUGGUUGUUUUAUACUGAGUUUUAACAUACUAGAAUAUUUUUGAUUAAGCUGACUGUUCGAAUAAUUUAAGUAGGCUAAAUAUGAUUAGUCACUAUAAUUCUGGAGAAGGCCAAGAACAGAACCAGAUUUGCUUAAAAUUGUAAUUUCAAAUAUAAAAUGCCAUGUUUUGUUUAAGUUGUGAAUGAAAGUUAAGUUUGAAAUUUUGCAUUUGAAGUAUACAAGCCAGCUACCUGGAGACUGAAAGACUGACCGUUACUUUGGAUUUUUUUUUUCUUGUUUUAUCUUGUGUGAGAGACCAGUUUGUAUGAAAAGGACUUUAUUUUGUACAGAUGCACUUUUUGUAGACAGAAAUAAAAAAGAUUUCUUUUUUU